CCCCAGCUGCUCGGUAAAUGUCAUCCAGCCAGAAAGGGCCUUGCUGCAGUAGUGGGGGGCGUCACAGGAGACGGAAAAUAACAACAUUAUCACCAUCGCGGCUCUCUCUCACCGCAGCUCGCGGCGCCCAAGCUCCACAUCCCCGCCGACCACACGCCGCCGACACCUGCCCGCCGCCUGCGAGCGCGCUCGGCGUGAGGACGAGCGAAUAGGACGGCGGCUGACAUGGCCAAGAGCGUGACGGCGCUCCUGAAGAUGCCCAUCCAGCAAAGCAUGUGGCUUGUCACCACAACGCCCAGCAGAAGAUCCUGGGACUGAAGCACGCACGUCCCUUCACGCCCAUGGCCUGGACUGAGUUUCAGCUGGCCUGCUGAAGCCAUGGGGAGCUGUUGGAGCUGUCUGUACAGGGACCCAAUCCGAGACAACCAUCUCACCAAGUUUAAGGUCAUCAAUGUGGACGAUGAAGGCAACGAACUGGGCUCCGGCAUCAUGGAGCUCACCCAGACCGAGCUCAUUCUUCACACACGCAAGAGAGACACCAUCAGAUGGCCGUACCUCUGCCUGCGCCGCUACGGCUACGACUCCAACCUGUUUUCUUUCGAGAGCGGCCGGCGCUGUCAGACAGGACAGGAUGACAUCAUCCUUUUCGUGUCCACACCGUCAGGGAUCUUUGCCUUCAAGUGUUCUCGCGCCGAGGAGAUCUUCAAUCUUCUCCAGGAGCUGAUGCAAUGCAACAGCAUCAACGUGGUGGAGGAGUCCAUGAUGAUGACUCGCAGCGGCCACACGCCAGAGAUGGAGAUGUCUCGCACGCCGCAGACACCCAACACCCCAGCAUUCCCCGUGCAGGCAUUUCCCAACGGAUACCCUGGUUAUCCAAUCAGAGGAGAGUCGUCCCAGCCUUCCCUCGCUGAGGACCACGGACACAACCUGAUGGGUUUGGAAGACCAGACUCACACCUACGUGAACACUGUUAGCAUGGAGGGGGAUCUCGCCAUGCGUCACUGCGUGCACGCCCUCUCCGAGGUGCGCCCCGGCGCUUUCCCCGAAGCGACACGCGGGGCCAUGCCAGGCGGGGUCCAAGGGACCACGCAGUCCAACCUGCGCUGCUGCCCCCUGGAGGAGCACAAAGAUCCUCAGGUGUUCCUCCAGCCGUCGUCGCAGGAGGUGAAGUUCAUGCUGGGCCCCACGCCGGCGCAGCGUCAUCUCCUGCAAAGGGAGCGGGAGCGGCUCGCUCACGGCCCCCACAGCCUCCAGCCAGCAGAGGGCGCAACCGGCUCAGAGACGGAUGGAGACGAGGUCCCCGUGCACAUGUGUAACUCGCUCUCCUUUCACCAUUUCCAUCACCACCCUCACAGGCACCCGUGCCACGAGCACCCGGACAGCUGUGGGAGUGCCGAACUGACCUACGAGAACAUCAACGGCCUGAGGAGCGGCCGCAAGCAGCGGCUGAGUCCCAGCAGCGUGUCUCAGUCGGUGGGCUCCAGCAGCAGCAGCAGCACCGGGGACAGUCACUCCCACUCCCUCCUGCACCCCCACGCGCCGUCCUCGCUUCCUCCGCUGGGCUACGGCUGCGAGAGAGCCAUGGGCGGAGGUCACCGCCGGACGGCCUUGCUCAACUACGAGAACCUGCCCUCGCUGCCGCCCGUGUGGGAGUACAGCGCCCUGCAGCGGGACGACGAGCAGGAGGAAGAAGACGACGAGGCGGAGGAAGAAGAGUACGAAGAGGAAGAGGAAGACUUUGACGAAUAUGAGUUCUCGGAAGGCCCCGGGACCACCAACGGCUACCACCAGGACGGGCGAGGCAUCCACAGGGACGCCCUUCAGAACUACGUCAACACAGAGACGGUGCAGCCGCCCAGGCUGCGACACAGCUGCCCCCCGCACCCGCGGCCAUGUCAGCCCGACAGAGGGGGGCGGGUUUUUAGCUUUGAUUUCCGCAGACGAUCCAGGUCGGGGGUCGGCACCUGCGAGCACGGCCACAUGCCUCCGUCGCGCCAGCUCAACUACAUCCAGGUAGACCUCGAGGGAGAGGCUCUCGCCGGCGGGGGCGGCCAGCCGCAGCACCAGCGCCUCCUGCCCAAAAAGUGCGGCCCCCAAGCUCCCAGGCGCAGCGAAUGCUACGCCGUCAUUGACCUGAAGAAGACGGCAGCCAUGUCCAACCUGCAAAAAGCUCUGCCCAGGGAUGACGGGACUUCCAGAAAGACUCGCCACAACAGCACAGACCUGCCUCUGUAGACCAUGUCGACCAUGCAGACGGAGCUUGGUUUCAGCACACAGAACCCUCCACUGUCAUCCGUCCUUCACGACUUUGGCGUUGACUCAGACAGAACCUGAGUGGUGAAAGGGAACCUCUGUUAUUUAUUAGCUACGUGUUGUGACGUUUAAAUACUGUCGGCCGGACGUGACGUCGUUCCGAGUGAAGCCGCUUCCAUCUUGUAACGGAAUCACCACCUCCGAACCAUUCCCGCUCUUCAUUCUUCCUCAAGCCGACGCUUCGAGAAAGAAGUUCCCUGCCAGUGUUUGUACCUCAUGGCCGCCACCCUUGUGGCCACUUUAAAAAAUGCUCCUUUCGUUCUUCAUAAAAGCCCAUAGAGCAGUUUGCACACAAUCCUAUGGAAUUGUAUUUUUCGGGUUCUAGGGAGUUUUCGCAACAGCCGGACUGACCGAGGUUGUAUUUUGGGGGCACCCGAGCAGAAGGGACACGUAGCACAAAGAGAAUCCAGUGUAGCAUAUCAUGCUCCAUCGCGCCGUGUUGCACUUUUGAAGAUGCUCUUUGUUUUCCGCAGUGUCUCCAGCUCCUCGUAAGAUGGAAAGAAGGCUUGUUUUGUAGACUUGGCCAGAGUUUGUAGUUCUUUCACGGUUCGGAAGACGACAUCCCGCGUAACCUAAUGGACGCUCAUAAGGUCACCUAAAAUGUGCUGAAUCAACACUUUGCCUGUCAUCAGGUAUGAGCGUUCGGCAUAAAAAAGGUAAGCAAGUUUGUUUUUGUAUUAGUGAUUAAUUUCUUAUUUAUUUUCUUAUUUAUAUGUCUUUCUUAGUGCGUUACAGUGGUACUUCGGUUUUCGUACGCCACACUUUUACGACAUUUGUUUGACCCGGUUUUUGUACGCCCUCUCAGUUAUUCUACAGCCAACCAUAACCAUAGUAACAAAAUUGUCUGUUUGCCCACAUAUGUAUCAUUUUGCAAAAUCGAUUGAUUCAGCCCUCAGUCUUUUUUUAUUGAGUACGACUGCAAAAUAUUCCACCAUGGGCCAAAUAAAGUUGCAAGUGAAAGCACUUUGAUAAAGAAGGUGAACAACACUAUUGACUUCCAGAAAAAACUCGAAGCGAAGUACAAGGGUGGCUUUCCCAUCAUCAACAUCUCUGUCAACAAGAGUCUUUGGUAAAUAUAAAACGUUAAAUGUUAAUUUAUUCAUAUCAUUCAACAUUUUCUGCACGUACAUUUUUUUUUAUAAAACGUGCUUUGUGUUGUUAUUUUAAGUUUUUGGAUCUACAUUUUUUAAUAGGACAUAUUGCUUUGGUAUUUGUCCAAUUCGGUUUUCAUCAGACCUUUUUUGGAACGGAUUACUAACAAUAACCGAGGUACCACUGUAGUAUUAUUAUUUAUUAUUUUUCAUGUGACAACCAGCAUUUUUUGUGUGUAAUCCAGUUGUUAAGAUGGACACCAAAGUUUGAAAUUACUGACUGUGCUUGGUUCUAUUGAAACAAUUUUAAAAGAGACUUUAUUUACACUUUUAAGUGCCAAAAUCCAACCUAAUGAAAUCAAAC